GUAUAGGUUAGGAUUGUCUCAUUCAUCAUCUCAGUGUCACCACUAUUUUCCAUUCACCAGUGAGUUAUCGAAUCUGAAGUCGAGGAAAGUAACUUUUUCAAUUCAAUCUUAACUCUAUCUGAUUAUACUUUAAUUUAAAAUGGUCUCAGAAGAUGUAAAAGUUGGUCAUUUUGGUAGAGAAGCCAUUGUAGGUAGUGUUGUGUUGCCUGGUCAAGUUGUCGAAGAGGCCUCAUCAGCCGAGCAAAAAAAAGUUACAUUAGGACCUGGGGUUGAAAGAGUUAAAGAAAAUAUUGUGGUUUGUAAUAGUGGAAUUUUGAAGAAAAGUGAACCCAACAUUUACUAUGUUGAUAAUUUGCAAAAGAGGUACACUCCUGUGCGGAAAGAAUGUGUUAUUGGUGUAGUUACGAUGAAAGCAGGUGACAUUUUCAAGAUAGACAUAAAUUCAAGUGAACAGGCAUCAUUAUCAUAUCUAGCUUUUGAGAAUGUUUCGAAGAAGAACAGGCCACGUAUUGAAGUUGGAGAUCUGGUCUACGCUCAAAUUCUUUCUGCAAGCAAAGACAUGGAACCGGAACUAGUUUGUGUUAAUUCAUACGGAAAGCAAGUCACAAUGGGUGUACUCCCAGCAGAAGGAUUUUUAUUUCAGUGCAGUAUCAAUUUAAUAAGAAAAAUACUUAGCCCCGAGUGUCCCUUGCUUUCCAAACUGGGCAAAAGAAUACCAUAUGAGACGGCUAUUGGAAUGAAUGGACGAAUAUGGAUCAAAGCCAAAAACGUAGAUGCAACUCUCCUGAUUGGUAAUGCUAUUCUAGCCUCUGAAUAUGCGUCAACAGAAACAAUUAAUGAAAUUUGUGAUAAUUUGCUGAAAAAAUUGCCAAAUGUUUAAGGAAUCAAUCACCUUGGAUAAUUUUUUUUUUUUUUAAAAAAAAGGAAAGGAUAUUUUUGCUAGGAUUUAAUCCUUAAUUGUACAAAACAUCUCCUAGAAUUUGCAUAAGAUUAUUUGGCUGUUAUUUAUGACUUACUUUCAAGAAGUGUACCGCAGUCAACCAUUUUCUAGCAAGGAUUGACUGUGGGGUCACUGCUGCCUUGCGUAAAUACUCAGGUUAAACGAUCUACUGAGUGGCAGUUGGAUGUAUCUAUGCUUAAAUGACCAUAUGUACUUGAAUUAAAUCAAAAGAAAUUGUUUAACAAGUAAACCCUAUACAGAUGGUUCCCUUUGAUUUCAUUCAUUUUCACAUAUUUCAUUAUCGCAUAAUUACAUCCAGUUGAAAGUAAACAACUACUGAGUGAUAAAAUAUGAGUUUUAGCACAAGUUAAUAAGACAUUUGUAAAAAGUUCCAGCACAUAUUACUAUGAACAAAAAAUUUCAGGGUAUUUUUUACCUGUCUUGUAAUCAAGCAAGAAUUGGGGUUGCGUUUGUUCCGCCUGUAAGCUAAUAAACUAGUUGAGGGCCAAAGAAACAUUAAAAUAAAUAUUUCCUUCUUUUAAAAAAAAA